GUAUCUCUCCGAGCUUCCGUCGGUGCACUUCGUAUACGCGCGUGCCUGGUGAUAGUGCAAACAAAAGCCGCCCAACGAAGUCGAAGGAAAUUUUUUUAAGUGCAUUUUAGCCCGGUCUACGAGGGAUUCUAUUCGUAUAUAUUUAUAUAUUUAUUACAAGUUUACGGACGCGCCUCGUCAAUAUGGCUGAGAGCAAGGGUGCGUUAAUCGCGAAAACAGUGCAAAAACAUGCCGGCAGAGCAAAGGAAAAGUUCCUUCAGAAUUUGGGCAAGGUCGACAGGACUGCCGACGAUAUAUUCGAUGAACACUUGCAAAACUUUACCAGGCAACAGAAUUCCGCUACCAGACUUCAGAAGGAAUUCAAUAAUUACAUCAGGUGUGUUCGAGCCGUUCAAGCAGCUUCGAAGACCCUCAUGGACUCGCUCAACGAGAUUUACGAGAGCCAGUGGACCGGUCACGAUCUACUCUACGUACAGGCACAGAAUUUGGACAUGCUGUGGCAAGACUUUACUCACAAACUCGCCGACCAGGUCCUCGUGCCGUUGAAUACAUAUCAGAGCCAAUUUCCCGAGAUGAGGAAAAAGAUUGAUAAGCGAGGUAGAAAAUUGGUCGAUUACGACGGCCAAAGGCAUAACUUCCAGUCGUUACAAUGUAAUCCAAAGAAAAGGGACGAACUGAAGGUGACGCGAGGGAAGGAAUUGCUCGAGGAAGCUAAACGUACGUACGAGCAGCUUAACUCGGAACUUCACGACGAAUUACCGGCACUUUACGACUCACGAGUUCUCUUCCUUGUUACCAAUCUACAAACGUUGUUCGCUGCGGAACAAGUUUUCCACGUUGAAAGCGCCAAGGUUUACUCCGAGCUUGAAGCAAUAGUCGACAAAUUGGCCAACGAAAGUCAAAGGGGCUCGUACACGUUGAAGAAAAACUCGGAACCACAAUCGCCUAAAUCACCGAAUGCUAACUCCUCGCUGAUAAUAAACACGCAACCUCCGUCGCAGAACAACAUUACAGCGGCUUUAGACGAACCAACGGCUGAAGCCGAUGAUGCGUCGCCGACAACUCAGCUCAACGGCAAUGCCAAUAGCAAUGCUAAUAGCAAUGAUAAUUCCCUCAAUAACCAAGAUGCGUCCCCGCAAAAUGCCACUGUACCGCCCACCAAGAGAGUCGAAGAAUUGUACGACAUACCAGUCGACGUGGAAUAUGAAAAUGGUACCAAUUUGUCUCUAGGAGCGACAACAGAAAACUUGCCACCGGGCGUUUUGUACAGGGUGAAAGCAACGUACAAGUAUAGUCGCGAAGAUGUGGACGAAUUGUCAUUCGACGUUGGGGAAAUCAUACGAGUCGUCGAAUACGAUGAUCCGGAAGAGCAGCAGGAGGAAGGUUGGCUGAUGGGUAUCAAGGAGGGCACCAACGAGAAGGGCAUGUUUCCGGCAAACUUCACGAAGACGCUGUGAGCGAAAUAUUAGCUCAAAACCGCCACGUACACUCCAAUGCUCACUAACGAAAAGAGAACGAUGAAGGAGGAAUAAAAACAAGAACGAAAUAUAAGCAGCGUAUUUUACUGUAAGUUACACAUCGUUAGGAAAAGCGAAAGAAGAACAAAAAGUUGCGGGAAUUGUUACGAAUAUUUAUAUACACGAGGAGAGACAAAAAAUCGUAACAAGGAUUGAACAGCUGACAGGGAGUUGAGAGGGAGGGAUUUUUGAUUUUUCUUUUGUUGUUGUUGUUUUUUUUUUUUUAUUUUUAUUUUUUAACGAGAUGGAUACGCUGGAGGGUGCUGCGGAGAAUCAAUCAGCCCAGAGUGCCUUAAAAACCCAGCCAAUGUCUGUGCCAACCAACAUUCACUGCUUGAUUAUAUGGGAUAUGUCCUCUCAUAUCGAAUAAUACGGAUACACAUCACUUAUAAUCAAAUUUAAAUAUUUAAAUAUCGAUUUAAUAAUAUAUUAUAAUGAUAAUGAAAAAUGGAACACCACGUUUCCGAAGAAAUAAAAUACAACAAAAUAAUGUAAAAUCAUAUGAAAAAUUAAAUGAUCACAGAUUUCAAUAUGUUGUACGAAGAUACGAAGUAAACACGUUCUACCGCAAUGUGCUCGAGUGUUCAUCAACUGUAUAAGGAAGAUGAAGAAAAUUCGCGACUCUCACCUGCGUCACACGAGAGCAAUAUUUUAAUAUUGCCUCGGGGGUAUUAUUUUCGAGCGAAUAUCGUUUAAAAAUAAGAAACUUAUUGAACUUAUGGAGCUUGUUCAUUGUCUCAGAGUGUAAAAUCAAUUGUGAGAGAGCAACCAGCCAGCCAAAACGUUACAAUAUAUAUUUGUAUGUAUUAAUGUAUAUGCAUAUUAUGUAAAUAUGUGUAUAUACAUAUAUACAUACAUCGAUACAUAUUAUAUAUUUAAAUUAUCUUAUUUUAUGAGAUUGUACAUAGAUUUAUAAAGUGUAAGGCUAUUUUGUGGUAUCUAACAUUAUAUGGCCCACUGAUGAAUCGUCAAUGAAAGAAAAACAAAACGAUAUUCUCAUCGUUGCUGUAGGUAUAUACACGAAUAUGUAUAUGAACGAUAUAUAUAUAUAGAUAUAUAAAAGAAAAAAGAAACCUGAGAAGUAAUAAUAUUCGAAGCAGAUUCACUCAUGAGGAGGAGUGAAUUCAGCCAAAUUCUUAAAGGGCCAAUUUAUAAUUUGCAUUUUGUUUUUUGUUUUUUUGUUUUUUUUUGUUUUUUUUUUUUUGAUUCUUCGUUCACCGAUCACGGCGUCUAUUUGCGCCACUGUAACUUCGAAGAAAAUGAAAAAAGAUCAUGAUCUUCUUCGAUAGUAAUGCUCGAAAAUACUUGAAACGAGAAAAUAAGGAAAAUAGAUUGAAUUUUUAUUUGUAUUUAUACAAAUAUAUACAUAUACGAAUAUAUAUUUUUUUGAAAAA